UUAAACCUUGAGGUCCGAACACGGAGAACCCUUUGAAACACACAACAGUUCACGGGCAGUGAAUAAUUAAUAUGACGUCCUCUACCGUGUCCACGAAUGUCAGCAACAGACUGGGUUUGCAUCGACGUGAUUUUGAAGACUGGGAAACUAGUAGUCGGAGAAGGUAUCACUCGCAUUAUGCAGUGCAUUAUUCACGUCGAAUGGAACAGGGGGAGCAGACAAAGGACCCUACCUUGCAGCCACCGCCACGCAUUGUUGACGACUGUGAGAAGCUGGGGACACUGUUUGGAGAGCUGAACAAAUAUCUUCGCAAUAUGGGCUUCUGGCAGAUGUAUUUUGGGGAGAGGGUGGUGGAGCCAGUGUUGAUCCUCUUCUUCUGGGCCAUGCUGGGGUUUCUGGGUAUUCAGGCUCUGGGGCUUGUGGGAGUGGUGUGCAUCGUCAUCAUUUUCAUUCAAAAGUGAUGGGCCAUGCCCUGGGCUCAGUUUAAGGUAUGAAGGAAGAGGAGAAAAUUCUACCUGUCAUGCACUGUAAUUUCAUGCCUACGCUCAUUUGGCUGUAUUACCCCAGUAAUAGGUGGAUGCCUUCAGGGAGCUGGGUUAUAUAACUGCAUUAAGCAGGAAUUUGAUAAAUUUAAACAUGACCAUUGUUGGGUCAGGGGGAUGGGUGAGUUGUUAGAUAGUAAUUGAAGAAUUAUUACCUUAAAAUACAUACAUAUAUAACCACAGAGAUUCUUUGUGAAAAUAUAUUUGCUUAUUUUUUAAAUUUCCAAUCCAGACUGUUGUUUCCUCAACACAGGUCAAAGGGCACCCAGGACUGUUUUAUGAAAAAUGAUCAGCAGUUCAUCCAACAGUUACCAUUCAGUGUCUCUCUUCAGUUUAGAUGUAUGUACUCCAGAAGACAUAGCUAGAAAUGAGUCCCUUAGGAAAGCAUUUAGCUGGAUGUUCAAGUGGCCUUGACUUAAAUGCAUCAUAUGCUCAGAUACAUUCCCUGGGUUUGCUUUUCUGCCAAACCCCACAAAAGUGUCUCUGCAUUUAGUGUUGUAAGUCUCCUAGUCAAGCCAUAAGACAUGAAGAAAUGAAGAGACACAAGAUUUCCAAGGGAUACUUCAGAAUUUUUAUGAGCAGAUGGCCUGUAGAAAUAGAAUGUAUUCUGCCAGUAGAAAGUGGUAUGACAAUAGAGGGCAUCAUGUCAUUUGUUCUCAAUUUAAACCCAUGAAUGUAGCUUUUAAAAAAUGAGUAUCAGAGUGUUUCAUUGCUGAGAUUUAAGUUGGCUGUUAGAGUUAACUGUCUUAAAACCUCUCUGAGUUUAUGUAUAGCCUGUAUGAGAAGCAGUGGUGCUUUAAUGAUUUUGCUGUAUAAAUACUGGGCAGGCAGAAGAGAACACUAAUUGAUUUUAGUUUUUGAAAACAUCCUUGCCAAAAUACACCGGAUUGCCAUCCAGAUGUCACUUUUUGUAUAUAAAAACUGUAAGAGGUAAUGCUGGAAUUUGUUCAAAGGGAAAUUUAUUUACAGAUUUGAGAAUAAAAUCUAGUAAAUUAUGUGUGCAAACAUGACUUCAAUAUCAAAAUAUCUGAAUCUGGUUAUAUGGUUAGCAAUGCUGGGGGAUGUGAGAGCAUGGAAGGCCUCCACUGAAAGUGUAGCUGAAGUUCACAGUGUUUUCAUAGUGGCACUAAGAUGUUAAUCUGAAAAAGACACACAACACUCCAGCUGUCCUCAAAAGUAGAUCCUCGUCAUGCAAAUGAGAUAAAACUAGGUUCAACCUAAAAUGUGUGCCAGGACUACAGAAAUGCCCGUAGCCAGCUAUGAGGUCACCAAGGUCCGGACCUUGGUAAUUUUUUUGAGCUAAAAAUAAAAUUUGAAGCUAAAUACAACUGGAUAAAAAAAAUCUGUGGUUGAGAACUUCUUCUCCAAGAUGAGUGCACGCUUAAUUCAGUUUAAAAUUGUUAUUUAGUGUCCGCUGUGUGUGAGAGUUGUGAGAAA